AGGGUUUCCUCGCGCUAAACUCUAUCUCGAGCUGACUGCAUACCUUAUUCUUGUUCCUUCGUCAUUCAACGUUGGUCGCGCGGCGGGCGGCCAGUGAGAUGAGGGGCAUGCAGAGCAACUUACUACCCCUGAAGAGCAAUAGCAAUGAAGGUGCACCACAUCUCGAACGAUACCUAUCAGGCCGUUGGACCCCUGACAUCGAAAAGAAUCAACUCUACUACGAAUCGCCGGACGAUCGCAAUGAUGUCUUGAACCUCCUGAGUGCUCUGUAUGGGUACAGAAGCAACUCCUUGCUGGGUGUCAUCAGCUUCAUUCUCUUCUCCAUUCUUUCCUUCUUUGCGGCUGCCUACUACUUUUGGUCCCUGAUGCCCUGUAUGUUACCGCCUGUUGAUUUCGCCACUCUUCAUCCGACGGUUUUUCGCUGAAAUCCACUGCCAGACGAACCUUCACAACACAGUCCCGUUUCGACUGUCUUGAUCACCUAGAUCGACAUUGAUGGUGUCUUCUCUUGCGGCGGAUCGUUCUCGCUAUACGGUGUGAUAAUGCCUAUUGUUCGAUCGGUCAUAUCUGAAGAAUUGU